AUGGCAGCUGAAACUGAAGACUACCUGGGCGCUCAUAGGCGGCACGCCUUUUACGUCACACCGGAGAGUACCUCUGCAGAGCAGUGGGGCAGCGUAUUUGAAAGCAUUCGCGGCGACGAUUUUGAAGGCUUUGUAAAGUCUCUGGAGCUGGCAGCACCGGGAAAUGGGUGCGUAGAACAAAGUAGUCCAAACGAACAACAUGAAGACGACAAGCCUCAGCCUCCGCGUCCCGUGGAAGUCGAGAUAUCUGGAUGUCAUUCAAUCAUUGCGCACGCCGCAGCUUUCUCUGAAAAGUGUCUCAUCUAUCUUGUCGAGACGCUUGGGUGUGAUGUAAAUUUACGCAGCUCAGGUUAG